GGGACAAUUCACCAGAAGCUAUUUUAUUCUGACUAUUUCUUGUUGUUAAAUUCUGAGUAUCUGUUCAUAUUUUUUUUGUUUCUGUUCUGAAUAGUCUUCUAGUAACUUCCUGUUCUUUAAAAGAAGAUUAAGAAGUGUUUAAUAAAAAUGGCAGUUCGAGAGUUUCUCAAAGUUGCUGUUGUAGAAUUCGGGAGUUUAAAAUUAUCUUUAACUUCAGCUGGUGAAGUAGAAUUUCUUGGUUACGAAGGUAGAAUGCUAAAAGCAAUAUUAGAUGCGUUACAUGCAGUACCAGACGUGGUCAUUCCUCUCGAUCUCGAAUGGGGUUCUUUAAAAAAAGACGGCAACUGGACUGGAAUGAUCGGAAUGGUUCACAGAGGUGAAGCAGAUAUUGCAAUGUCUUUGAUUUCACAAUCAUCUGAAAGGAUGAAAGCCGUUGAUUUCAGCAGGACAUACGCAAUCACCGAUACAACUUUUGUAGUGAAAAAACCAGGUAUGAUAUCAAAAGGCUUCGUGUUUCUGCUGCCAUUUUCGCUGAACAUCUGGAUCAUCUGCAUUGCCUUUAUAAUCAUAUAUCCUCUUUUAAUUCGAAUAUUCCUGUCAACUAACUCAUACAUGUAUUUGUGGUUAAAUACAAUGGGAAAUAUUUUAAAGCAGCCCUCAGAAAUCGCACACAAACCAUGGUAUAAUCGAAUCAUACAGGCAACUUGGUUACUCUUUGCAUUUAUGAUAUCUUGCUCUUAUUCUGCAGUCAUGCUAUCCUUUCUAACUUUACCAAUAGAAGGUGAACUAAUAAAAAGCUUCAGGCAAUUAUCUGAGGCUGUUAUCAAUGGCAAAUUUGAUUGCUAUACCAUGAAAGGAACUCUUACUGCUUGGAUGUUAUUAAAUUCUGAAGAUGUACACAUAAAAAAACUCGGUGAGUUAAUCGUCCGAAACGACUGGAUGGCACAGCUAAACCUAAACUCAAGUCUCGUUCUGCCAAAUGGGCAGGCUUUGAAUGCAGGAAGUGCACAGAUAAAUCUCAGAGCAGUUUUGGAGAAAGAUUUUAGACUAAGACCAGAUAUGUACAUUUCGCAAGAUUCGAUGGGAGCAAUGCUUAUAGCAAUAGCUACGAACAAGAACUUCUGCUGUAGAAAAAAAUUGGAUGACAUUUUAUACAGGCUCGUUGAAAGUGAAAAUGUUUUAUUCAAAUAUGCUGCUGAAGCAAGUCCAAAUGUUAGGGCGUAUAUUAAAAAAUAA